CUCCGCGCCGCGCUCCGCUCCCUCCGCCCCGCUCGCACUGUUUGGGAGCAACCGGCCGAGCCAGCGGCGCCCCGGCCCCGCCAGCGCAGCGCGGACCGGCCGAGCGCACCCACAGCCCGGCGCGACCCCCGGCGCUCUCCCUCCCCUCCUUCCUCGCCAUGUCCCUCAAGCAAGCGGCGGCGGCGGCGCAGCCCGCCGGCAACAACCGCAAGCCCCCCGGCGGCGGCGGCGGCGGCCCCGGCCUCCCGUCAGCCGCGGGCAGGCAGAACAUGGGCAGAGGCCGCAGCAGUGGCAAAGGACCACCUCAGCCUACGAUUUCUUUCGAUGGCAUCUAUGCAAACAUGAGAAUGGUUCACAUACUCACAUCAGUUGUUGGAUCCAAAUGUGAAGUACAGGUGAAAAAUGGUGGUAUAUAUGAAGGAGUUUUUAAAACCUACAGUCCUAAGUGUGAUUUGGUGGUUGAUGCUGCUCAUCGGAAAACUGCAGAAUCCAGUUUGGGGCCAAAACGUGAAGACAUUCUGGAGAGUAUCCUGUUCAAGUCUUCAGAUUUUGUGAUGGUGCAUUUUAAGGAUAUGGAUACCAAUUAUGCCAGAAGAGAUGCUUUUACUGAUUCAGCCAUCAGUGCUAAAGUUAAUGGAGAACACAAGGAAAAGGAUCUUGAACCAUGGGAUGGAGGAGAGAACACGGCUUCCGAGGAGCUCGAGGCACUGGAGACAGAUGUGUCUAAUGGAUGGGAUCCCAAUGACAUGUUUCGUUACAAUGAAGAAAAUUAUGGUGUAGUAUCAACUUAUGACAGCAGUUUAUCUUCUUAUACGGUGCCAUUAGAAAGAGAUAAUUCAGAAGAGUUUUUAAAACGGGAAGCCAGAGCAACUCAAUUAGCAGAGGAAAUUGAAUCAAGUGCCCAAUACAAAGCUCGGGUUGCCUUGGAAAAUGAUGAAAGGACAGAAGAAGAAAAAUAUACUGCUGUUCAGAGAAAUGCUAAUGAAAGAGAAGGACAUGGUGUGAACACUAGAGAAAAUAAAUACAUUCCGCCUGGACAGAGGAACAGAGAUGUCCUGUCCUGGGGAAGUGGAAGACAAAACUCACCAAGGAUGGGCCAGUCUGGCUCAGGCCCACCAAUCUCAAGGUCUGGAUCCCACACUUCAGAAUUCAGCCCAAACUCUGGAGCAGAUCAAAGAGUAGUUAACGGAGGUGUUCCCUGGCCAUCGCCUUGCCCAUCUCCUUCCUCUCGCCCACCUUCUCGCUACCAGUCAGGUCCCAACUCUCUUCCACCUCGGGCAGCCACCCCUACACGGCCGCCCUCCAGGCCCCCCUCGCGGCCCUCCAGGCCCCCGUCUCACCCCUCUGCUCAUGGUUCUCCAGCUCCUGUCUCUACUAUGCCUAAACGCAUGUCUUCAGAAGGGCCUCCACGGAUGUCUCCUAAGGCUCAACGGCACCCUCGAGGUCACAGAGUCUCUACUGGUAGGGGUACAAUUUCAAGUGGCUUAGAAUUUGUAUCUCAUAAUGCACCUGGGGAAGCAUCUACUGCUGCAGUGGCACGAGGCAGCCCUUCAGGUGGGACGUGGUCAUCAGUUGUCAGUGGGGUUCCGAGAUUAUCCCCUAAAACACACAGGCCUAGGUCUCCAAGGCAGAGCAGCACUCCCAUGGGACCAGCUCUGCCUUCUCCUCAGCCUGGUACUAUUCCCACUGAAUCUGUUGCCAUGCCUGUUCCAGCUGCCUCUCCUACACCUGCCAGCCCUGCAUCCAACAGAGCAGUCACCCCUUCCAACGAAGCUAAAGAUACCAGGCUUCAGGACCAGAGGCAAAAUUCUGCAACUGGAAACAAGGAGAAUAUAAAGCCAAGUGAGACUUCUCCUAGUUUUCCUAAACCUGAAAACAAAGGUGUCUCUCCAAUUGUUUCAGAGCAUAGAAAACAGAUUGAUGAUUUAAAGAAAUUUAAGAAUGACUUUAGGUUACAGUCAAGUUCCUCUUCAGAUGCAGUUGAUCAGCUGCUAAACAAAACCCGAGAGGGGGAAAAAUCAAGAGAUGUAGUUAAAGAAAAGACAGAAUCCACCCCUAAAGAAUCCAUCAUAGAACCUGGCAGUAACACCAACUCCAAUGGUGGCAGUAGCAAACCCAAUAGUCCCAGUAUUUCUCCUUCCAUAAGUAACAGCUCUGAGCAAAAGCGAGGGCCUGAGGUGACUUCCCAAGGUGUGCAGACAUCCGGGCCUGGAAGUAAACAAGAUAAAGAGGAUAAAGAGGAGAAGAAGGAUACUUCUGAGCAAGUUAGAAAAUCAACACUUAAUCCUAAUGCUAAAGAGUUCAACCCUCGAUCUUUUGCUCAGCCAAAACCUUCUACUACACCAACCUCCCCUCGUCCACAAGCUCAGCCCAGCCCCUCCAUGGUGGGUCAUCAGCAGCCAACCCCUGUGUACACUCAGCCUGUUUGUUUUGCACCAAAUAUGAUGUACCCGGUUCCAGUGAGUCCAGGCGUGCAGCCUUUGUAUCCUAUUCCCAUGACGCCCAUGCCAGUGAACCAAGCCAAGACAUAUAGAGCAGGUAAAGUACCAAAUAUGCCCCAGCAGCGGCAAGACCAACACCACCAGAGCACCAUGAUGCAUCCUGCCUCGGCAGCAGGCCCUCCAAUUGUAGCUACUCCACCUGCUUACUCAACACAAUAUGUUGCAUAUAGUCCCCAACAGUUUCCUAAUCAGCCUCUUGUGCAGCAUGUGCCACACUACCAAUCUCAGCAUCCUCAUGUUUAUAGCCCUGUAAUACAGGGCAAUGCCAGGAUGAUGGCCCCACCAGCACACGCACAGCCGGGUUUAGUAUCUUCCUCUGCAACACAGUACGGUGCGCAUGAACAGACACAUGCUAUGUAUGCAUGUCCCAAAAUACCAUACAGCAAGGAGACAGGCCCUUCUUUCUACUUUGCCAUUUCCACUGGCUCACUUGCUCAGCAGUAUGCCCACCCUAAUGCUACCCUGCAUCCGCAUCCUCCUCAUCCUCAGCCUUCUGCCACACCGACUGGCCAGCAGCAAAGCCAACAUGCUGGAAGCCACCCUGCUCCCAGCCCCGUGCAGCACCACCAGCACCAGGCUGCCCAGGCACUCCACCUGGCCAACCCCCAGCAGCAGUCGGCGAUUUACCACGCAGGUCUAGCUCCAACCCCUCCUUCCAUGACGCCAGGCUCCAACACGCAGUCUCCACAAAAUAGUUUUCCUACAGCACAACAAACAGUCUUCACCAUUCAUCCCUCCCAUGUUCAACCUGCAUAUACCAAUCCGCCACACAUGGCCCAUGUCCCCCAGGCUCAUGUACAGUCAGGAAUGGUUCCUUCUCACCCAACUGCCCAUGCUCCAAUGAUGCUAAUGACGACACAGCCUCCCGGUGGUCCCCAAGCCGCCCUCGCUCAAAGUGCACUACAGCCCAUUCCCGUCUCGACAACAACACAUUUCCCCUAUAUGACGCACCCUUCAGGUGAGGAGUGUGUGCCCGGGACACCUGCACCCUAAACUGAGCCAGGGCGGAGGAUCAGGACUGGGACAGACCAGAUUUGGGGGAAAAAAAAAAAAAGACAAAAAAAACCAAACAAAAAAACCCCGACCUUAAGAUGUCCUUGUAGAGCGGUUCAUAUUUGCCAGCCCGUUGCCAGCCUAGGUAGGUUUACCUGGUUUAGGGAGUUUUCCUCCAGCUGGAGUGGAGGAAUGGGGAGCUGGGAGAUGCUGUGGGACUGAGUUGUGCCAGGGUUUGCUGUGGUGUUGCCGUGUGUUUAUGACAAUGAGAGGUUUUAUUAAUUUAAAGCGCUCGGUGUCAAGGACGGGAGUGAAAAUGGUUUUGGUUUAGGGCUGUUAGACUGCUGAGAAAGUGACUGCUAAUAAAGUGACUGCUAAUUUCAGUGACAGCUGAAAGCUAAACUUUAAUACAGAGUAACAUUCUGCAGCUUUAUUUUUGGGGAAAGUAGGUGCUGUAUGACUUCUUUCCACUUAAAAUUUAACCUGACUUGGGUUUCUUUGAUUAUUCGUGUUCAAACAGCCUCGAAAUUCCUGUAGUGAUGUUGUUUCUUGGGGAAUGUGUGAGCAGAAAAAUGCUUUCUGAGGGCUUAGGCAGGGGAAAAAUAAAACCAUCCAAAGGACAUCUUGAUGUGCAGGGUUUUGGUUUGUUCUCUAAAAAAAUAAAAUAAAAGAAAAAGAGAAAAAAAAAAUAAAAGAAAGUUGAGCUCA